UUCCGCCCAAAGCCUGUUGAAGUGAGUGGGAGUCUUUUCAUUGUCUUUAAUAGGCUGUGAAUAGAUGCAAAUGACUCUAUUUGAGACUCUAGGAACAUAUUCUAUGCUGCAAUGGUUUAUAGUUGUAACAGGAGGGUCUCUUGUUACCUGACAAAUAUUCAACCCUCCUGCAGCGCUUCAUUUUUUUAAAGAGUCUUCCCAUCCAUUUAUGAAGUGUGAAGCUGCUUAACUUAGAAGAGCUGAAAAUAUCAAGUAAUAUGGUUAAUUAAGGAAGGCCCUUAUGAAUUCAGUAGGAAUUUUGGAUGUGCAGAGAACAUGGGACUGGUUUCUGUAUGUUUACAGAAGUGCAGAAAAGUGGAACGUUUUGGGUGAUUGGAGGAUAUCUGGAUCCAAAGACUGUCCCACAUAAUGAGGAAAAGUUGAGAGCUGGUGGCCCACGGUUUUUAUUGAGAAUGACGUUGGGAACAGAAAUUACUGCCCCUCCCAAAGCCUCUUCACAUGCAGCAUCAGACCAAAACUUUUUGAAAUGGGACCUAUCACCAGAGCAAAUCAGAACAAGAACAGAAGAUCUGAUCACAAAAACAAAGCAAGUGUAUGACAAUGUAGGAAUGCUUGAUUUUGAAAAGGUAACAUAUGAGAACACUGUGCAGGCUCUAGCCAAUAUAGAAGUGGAGUAUUCAGUGGAAAGAAGCAUGUUGGAUUUCCCACAGCAUGUCUCAUCCAAAAAAGAUGUGCGCUCAGCAAGCACAGAAGCUGACAAAAGGCUUUCUUAUUUUGAUGUGGAGAUGAGCAUGAGAGAAGAUGUGUUUCAAAGGAUUGUUUAUUUACAGCAAACACGUGAUCUAGGAUAUUUAAAGCCUGAAGCUAAGCGAUACUUAGAGAAGUCAAUUAAAAUGGGAAAAAGGAAUGGACUCCAUCUUACCAAAGAAGUACAGAAUGAAAUAAAGACCAUGAAGAAACAAUUGAGUGAGCUGUGUAUAGACUUCAAUAAAAACCUCAAUGAGGAAAACACAUUUCUUAUGUUUUCUAAGGAUGAACUUCAAGCCCUUCCUGAUGAAUUUAUUAAUAGCUUAGAAAAGACUGGAAAGAACAAGUAUAAAGUUACAUUAAAAUAUCCCCACUAUUUUUCUGUCAUAAAAAAGUGCUGUGUUCCAGAAACAAGAAGAAAAAUGGAAACUGCCUUUAACAUGAGAUGCAAGGAGGUACAUCAGAUAUUUAAUGAAAAUGCUAAAAUUCUUCAGCAGUUGCUUCCCUUAAGGUCAAAAGUAGCAGAGCUUCUUGGGUACAGUACACAUGCCAACUUUGUACUGGAAGUGAACACUGCAAAGAGCACAGAUAAUGUAACAACCUUUUUAGAUGAUUUAAGUAAGAAACUAAAACCACUGGGUGAUGAAGAAAGAGAGUAUAUUUUGGAAUUGAAGAAAAAAGAGUGUGAAGAAAGAGGCUUUAACUAUGAUGGAAGAAUCAAUGCAUGGGAUUUACAUUACUAUAUGAACAAGACAGAAGAGCUUAAAUAUUCCAUAGAUCAAGAGAAGCUGAAAGAAUAUUUUCCAGUUGAAGCUGUUACACAGGGCUUAUUGAGCAUUUACCAGGAGUUGCUGGGACUUGUAUUUGAGCAGGUAGAAAAUGCUCAUGUUUGGCAUGAGAGUGUUACUCUUUAUACAGUAAAAGAUGAUUCAACAAGAGAAGUUUUAGGGCAGUUUUAUUUAGACCUCUAUCCCAGAGAAGGGAAGUAUGGACAUGCGGCAUGCUUUGGUCUCCAGCCUGGCUGUCUACGCUCUGAUGGCAGCAGAAUGAUGUCUGUUGCUGCUCUGGUGACCAACUUCACCAAACCAGCAUCAGAUCGCCCAUCUUUGCUGCGACAUGAUGAAGUGAAGACUUACUUCCAUGAGUUCGGUCAUGUAAUGCACCAGAUAUGUGCACAAACUGAUUUUGCCAGAUUUAGUGGAACUAAUGUGGAAACAGACUUUGUAGAAGUUCCUUCACAAAUGUUUGAGAACUGGGUUUGGGAAAAAGAGCCUCUACAGCAAAUGUCAAAACAUUAUAAAGAUGGGAGCCAUAUUGCAGAUGCUCUUCUUGAGAAACUUGUUGCCUCUAGAAAGGCCAAUACAGGUCUUUUGACUCUUCGUCAGAUUGUUUUGAGCAAGGUUGACCAGUCCAUUCAUACCAAAUCAUAUGCUGACCCUGCAGAUGAAUAUGCCAAAUGCUGCAUGGAGAUUCUGGGAAUUUCUGCAACCCCAGGAACAAAUAUGCCAGCUACUUUUGGACAUUUGGCAGGUGGAUAUGAUGGUCAAUACUAUGGAUAUUUGUGGAGUGAAGUUUUUUCCACGGAUAUUUUUUAUAACUGUUUUAAACAAGAAGGAAUAAUGAAUCCAAAGGCUGGAAUGAAAUAUAGAAACCUUAUUCUGAAACCUGGAGGAUCUUUGAAUGGAAUGGAAUUACUUCAAAAUUUCUUACAACGUAAACCAAAUCAGAACGCUUUCUUGUUGAGUAAGGGAUUAAAUACUCAGUGAAGCAACAGAUCCUUUCAAAUGGUACAUCAUCAAACUGAGCAGCUUGAAAUAUCAGUGUAUUUCAUGCCUUGCAUAUAAAAUUUGAUUUUAAGUCACACAGAGCUACUAACACAGUGGAAGAACACAGUCUAAGAUACUGUAUUCAAAUUUGUAUAGUGAUUCUUAUUUCUGAAUUGAUACAAAUUAAUCUAGAAAAAUACUGAUUUAUAUUUCUCUUAAAAAGACAAGGUUGAAUUAUUAUUUGAAGUAAUUUAAAAAUGAGGAAAAUAUACAUUCCCCAAAAUUAAAUAAUGUAUUCAUUUUUAUUCCGCAGUUUCUUUUAUUGUACUGAUAGUUAACGGACAUCUACUGUCGAAAUUAAACUCUUUUCAGUGUGACUUGGGUUUAACUUGCUUCCAGGCAGAAGAUAGAAGAUUAAGACCCAGGAGAGGACUUUUGCUCCCCAGUGUGCUUCUGGAUGAGAUAUUUGCAUCAAUGACACCUUCAUCUUUUAUAUUGAACUAUUAUCAUAUAUCAUGUAAUUGAAGAACUUCUCUCCCAAUUUCAGUUGUCUCCUGUGUUGGGUGAAACAGGUGAAAAAGCUAAGAUCUUUGUAGUUCUAUUAUUAUCUUCCUUUUUUUUUUCUUAAUCUAAAGCUUUAUACUAGGUUACCAUCCAUCUCCUUUUUAUUCUUUCACUCAUACUGGCAAUCACUAGAAAGUAAUACUUGCACAAUUAUAAUAAUUGAAAUUAUUCUGAAAAGUCUUUCAUGAUAUGUAGAAAAAAUCAAUGUAUGUCUGACAAAUUUUAGUAGAUGGUGAAAAUCAAUCCAAGAAUGGUUUAUAUGUACCCUGAAUCUUACUAGUUCUUUCUAGGGUGCAGGAGAAGAUUCUGGCCUGGGGGAGGGAUGUAGGAGCGAGUGCAGGGUAUGGGAAGGAGUUGUGACUUGUGGAAAGGGGAACAGGUUUGGGUGGUGACCUGGGGCAGGGGAUUGGUGUGCAGGAUCCAGAAGGGGUAUGAGUGCAGGAAAGGAUUCUGGCCUGGGGGAGGGGUGUAACAGGAGGUGAAGGGUCUGGAAGGUUGUUGGGGUGUGGGAGAGGAUGGGGUGCCAGAGGCAGGCUCUGGCCAAGAGAUGCUUGCCUAAGCAGCUCCUGGCCAGCAGCACACUCAAGCAGGCUUCCCUGCCUGCCAGCAACCCCCAGCUCACUGUUCCAUGUGGCUGUUGAUACUACAGAGGAAGGCUACAUGUGCUUCAGAGGGAGGCUUCAUAUUGGCUGGUUGAGAUAUUUUGCUGAGGGUGCGGGGGGCAGCACAGGGAGCAGCUAGCUGCUUUGAAUGGCACUGCGGCUAACACUCUGCUGAAGGGAUGGAUAGACCCGAUUAAAAGGCUUGAUGGGAUGUAUCUUGCCUGCUCCUGGAAUAAGUGCAAAGGCACUCAUUCUUGGAAUAUAGAGAGGCAUUGCUCUUAUCUUCCAAACUGGCCAUUUCUUAGAUAUUAUCAAACUACCAGAAAUCUCCUUGUUACUAACUUACAUUUUUACACAUUUGAACAUUUCUUUGUCCGAACGGGAGAAUGAUGCAGAAACAUUUAUAUGAAGUUCCCCAUUUGGGACUCAGCUAUUUGUCAACUUUAAAACUUGACAUAAGACAUGCUACUGAAUCACAGCCGCCAUGGAUAUGAAAAGACAAAUGUACCCAAAAAAGGAAAGCAUUAUUACAUUUAAGCUACCCAUAUUCAGAUCCGAAUACAUAGAGAUAUUAGGAAGUCCAAUGGUGGUGUUUGUGAAGCAUUGAUAACCAUAGAAAUAGUAAUUUGUCAAACAGAGUGUUCCCUCCUUGUCCCAGAAGAAAAUCCAAAUUAUUUCACUUUGUCCUAUCAUGCUGUCCAGGGACAUCCGCACUCUUUUUGAAUAUUGAGCAUACUAAAUACAUGCAUUGAUCAACCAAGAGAUCAAACCUGUGAUAACCCAAGUUUUGGUUUUAAUGUGUCUUUUGGGAUUUAAGAAUAGUGCCAUCAUAAAGGGUAUGUCUACACUGCAAAGUUAAUUCGAAAUGACAGCUGUUAUUUCGAAUUAACUUUAAUAGCAUCUAUACAUGCAAACAGCUAUUUC